AUGGAUUCUGCUGUUGAUAGUACAACAUUCAUUAAUCCUGCUGAAGUUAUUUCUCUCCCAGAAACUGUUAACUAUUCCGUAUUAAAAAAUAUUUUGACUCAUCAACGUCUUACAUUAGUCACAGAUAUUCGUGAAGAUUAUUCGUUUCUAAAUUUAAAAAGAGCAAUCAAAACUUAUAACAAACACGUUUCGAAAUUAUCAUUAUCUAAAACGUUUAAUUUUUAUACUGAUGUUAUACCACACAUUGCCAAAUGGGCUACUGAUAAUGAGCAAUCAAAAUGUUUUCAACCACUUCAAGCUGGUAAACCAGGGAAAGUAACUUAUACCAUUUCACAAGCACGUCACAUUUUGGCCAAUGCAUUUUUCCUUAAUACAACAUCGAUUAAAACUCGACGAAUAAUACGAAAAGGUGGUUAUGAAACAUUUGGAUAUGGAAAUAUUGAUUUAACUGAUUUAUAUGAAAAUGUAAAUCGUAUUGGUCAAGAACGUCUCUUGUGUUUAUUAUCUUAUUUUCAUCAAUCGAUUGAAGAGCAAUCAAACGAACGAGUGAUUACAAUCGAACGAUACGGUACUACAGUCACUAUUCCUCACUGGUCAACUCAAGAUAUGAUUAUUCACUCAUCGAUAGUCAAUAUAUUUACUGAUCGAAUGGAAAAUGUACAAGAUGCUAAUGCUUUUGUUGAUUUUGCCAAUAAAGAUAUUCAUAUUCAUUGUAUUAUACCAUGUUGUACACAAGAAGAAAUUUUAUUUAGCUGUUGUCCAGAAGCAUUUUUAUCCAUGUUAAUAUGUGAAACAUUGAUGGAUAAUGAAGUUGUUCUUAUUCGUGGUGCUAAACGUUUUGUUGACUAUGAUGGUUAUGGUUCAAGUUUUCGAUUCAAUGGAAUAUAUAAUAAUAAUUCAUCCAAUUGUCAAGAUAUUUUAGUAAUGGAUGCAUGUUUUGAAAAUCAAUUUACUCGAGAUAUGAUUGAACGUGAUCUCGGUAAAGCUUUUAGAGCAUUUUCAAGUCAAACAGGAAAAAUUGUUACCGGAAAUUGGGGAUGUGGUGCAUUUGGUGGCAAUUUUAUUCAUAAGUUUUUACAACAAGUAUGCGCGGCAACUGUUCUUCAAGGACAAGUGACCCUAGAAUAUUCGGUAUAUGGUCAGGAAAAAUUGGCAGAUACAUUGAAAACCUUGAUAGAUACUUUGAAUGAAAAGAAGAAAACGGUGAAAGAAGUGUAUAACAUGAUGAUAGAAUAUACUAAAGAUAAAACUGAAUUUGAACAUUACGUUAAACAUUGGUUGAACAAGUAA